GAUAAUUGUUUCCAGACCAGAUUACCGGCCGGUACCGUCGUCAAUUCAUUUCUUCAACAGAGCUAUUUAACUUGUUACUUUAUUUAUUUAGUCUUUAAUUUAGGAUUUUCCUUUUUUCAUUUGCUCAAAAUAAUUUAAUAUUUCAGUUGGUAUGAAAAGGGAAACGUGUUGGUAGGGAGCUUAAUUUCAAGUAUGAUGGUGUCCUGUUUUUUUGGGAUUAAUGUGAUUAAUGUGCUUGGAUUAAUGAACAAUACAUCAAUUAUAUUUAUUGUUAUGAUAAAAUAAAUGUAAAUUAAAAGGAUGCUCCGCCAUCUGUAAGAAAAUGGCCAAGAAAGAAAAAACGAAAUAAAAAUAUUCCUGAGAUGAAAUUCACUUCUACUGGUGUGUCCUUUGCUGAAAUAGAUAGGCGAGAGAAAGAACUCAAAGAGGCCCAGGAGAAUGGGCGGCAAGAUAUAAAAAAUAUUGUGAAAUUAAAGAGUUUCAAUGGAGAUAUAAUAAAUGAAGAUUUUUAUCUAAUAGACGUUAACUAUUUUUGCAAGGCGGGUAAUGAAUAUAUCAUAGCUGAGAGUACUGUGUUGAGAUUUAAUUUGAAAGACGGUAUCAAGGACCAAUACCAUGAGAUUAUCAAUCCAGGUGAGAAAUGUUAUAAUAAGCACCUCUGUUGAAAAAAGGUUGUAAACAAUGUAAUUCCAAGUUCACCGGAGAUCUAUCAAAGAAGGUUCAGUAAAAAAGGGUAGAUAAAUAUGGAUCAUAAAAUAUUGAAACAGAUUUUGAGAACUUGAAAUUGGUAAGUUGAUGUUGUAUGAACAAUACAUUAAUUAUAUUUAUCGUUAUGAUAAAAUAAAUGGAAAUGUAAAGGAUGCUCCACCAUCUGUAAGUAAAAAGUUUGAAGAAAUGGCCAAGAAAGAAAAACGAAAGAAAAAUAUUCCUGAGAUGCAAUUCACUUCUUCUGGUGUGUCCUUUGCUGAAAUACAAAGACAAGAGAAAAAACUCAAAGAGGCGGAGGAGAAUGAGCGGCAAGAUAUAAAAACUAUUGUGAAAU